AUGACUAGCGUACCCAAAUAUUACACUUUUAACAAUGGGAAUCAAAUUCCUUCAAUUGCCCUAGGAACAUACGAUAUCCCACAAUCAAUCACUGCCAAAAUAGUUUACGAAGCUCUAAAGGCAGGUUAUAGACAUUUCGACACAGCUGUCCUCUACGGGAACGAGCAUCAAGUCGGAGAAGGAAUCCUACAAUGGAUCCAAGAAGAUCCACAACAAAACAAGAGAUCUGAUGUCUUUUACACUACAAAAUUAUGGAACUCACAAAACGGGUACCAUCAAGCACAAACCGCCAUCAAAGAGUGUCUUGCCAAAGUUCACGGUUUGCAAUACAUCGACAUGUUACUGAUUCAUUCCCCACUUGAAGGCCGCACGAAAAGGUUAGAGACAUGGAGAGCCAUGCAGGAGGCUGUGGAGUCUGGGUUGGUGAAGAACAUUGGCGUCUCCAAUUAUGGGAGGCAACAUGUGGAGGAAUUAUUGCAAUGGGAACGGUUGACCAUUAAACCCGUCGUGAAUCAGAUAGAGAUCUCGCCCUGGGUUAUGAGAUCCGAAUUGGCUGAUUAUUGUAAGUCGGUAGGGCUGGUUGUCGAGGCGUUUGCUCCCUUGACUCAUGGGUACAAGUUGCAUGAUGCGGACCUUGUACGGGUCAGUAAGGAAGUGGGGAGGUCCACGGUGCAGGUGUUGAUUAGAUGGUCUUUACAACAUGGAUAUUUGCCAUUGCCCAAGACCAAGACAGUUAAGAGACUGGAAGAGAAUUUGGAAGCUUACAAUUUCCAAUUGACCACAGAGCAAAUGCAACUGAUCGAUCAUCCUGAUGCUUAUGAACCUACUGAUUGGGAAUGCACAGAUGCUCCAUAG